AGUGUGUAUCUUCAGAGCUUACUCAAGCUUGCAUAGAUUCUAUGCGUUUUCCCCUUACCAACUACCCUCCGUUGCCCACGUCACCCUGAAUCGAUUCUUCGCUAACCUUCUCCACCAUCCUCCACGCUGUCGCCGCCAUCUUGUCCGCCGCUGUUGUCUACAUCUUCAUCUCACCCAGAGCUGAAGUCGACACAUUGAAAACCCUAACUCUUUUUGUCUCGUCGGCCAACUGAGAAGGCGGCUUCUUCAACAUCGCGGCGUACAUGAACAUUUAGUCACCCGAGCCUGGUGUGUGAUAAUCUGGUGCAUCAACAAUCACUGGCCUAGCGGACCUCAACCCAAUUCACCGACAAUUUCUUCCUACGUCUCUAAGAACUCCUCUGCUGCUUUUACCCGCUUCAAGGCUAUCUCAGCAUGCGAAUUCAACGAACUGUUGGUCUUUUAAGUGUUCUCCGGUUCCUCCGUUCGGAAAGAUCGGUUCCCCUCACGGAUAGUCCCAUUAACGUGGGGGGAAGAUGCGCUCCUUGGCAAGGUUCUAUUGGUCUGCACAAAUGUGAUUAUUUUUUGUCUACUCGCAGAAGGAAUUCUUGGCAGUUGAUUUUGAAGAUUUUACUGUUUGGAUCAACUGCCAUCUCUUUUGGGUUUAGUGGAAAUGUUGUCAUAGCUGAAGAUGCUUCAGCAUCUAACUUAACCAUCAAUAAUGAUCAGGGAGAUGAUUUUGUAACUGGUCUGCGCAGAAUCGAAGAUGGUUCCGUGAUCUCAAAUUCUCAUACUAUAAAGUGGAGAAUUUUCACUGAUAAUGGGAGGGAUCUCUUUCUAAAAGGUAAAUUAGAUGAGGCGGAAAAGUAUUUUCAGGCAGCUUUGCAGGAAGCCAAGGAAGGUUUUGGACUAAGAGAUUCACAUGUUGCAUCAUCAUGCAAUAAUCUGGCAGAAAUUUACAGGACAAGAAAGGCAUUUGAUAAAGCUGAGCCAUUAUAUUUAGAAGCAAUUAACAUUCUAGAGGAAUCAUUUGGGACUAAUGACAUCCGUGUAGGAGCCACUUUGCACAACCUAGGACAGUUUUAUUUUUUACAACGGAAAGUUGAGCAAGCUCAGAAGUGUUAUGAGAGGGCAUUAAAGAUAGAGGGACGUGUUCUAGGAUUUGGUCACACGGACUAUGCAAAUACAAUGUAUCAUCUUGGAAUGGUGCUUUAUUUGCAAGGCAAGGAGAAGGAUUCUGAGGCACUUCUGCGGGAGUCUAUUAGGAUUUUAGAGGAAAAUGGUCUGGGCGAAACCAUAACUUGUGCAAGGAGGAUGCGGUAUCUUACCCAGGGAUGGAAUUUUUUGGAGACUAUAGUAGCAGCUGAAGGCCUGGCCAUGACUCUCCAGUCUCUUGAACGCUUAGAGGAAUCACAAGAACUUUUAGAGAGAUGUGUUGAUGCAAGAAGAAAUAUUCUUCCUCAUGGUGAUUGAUGUUCAGGUGUAACAAAUCUGUUUGCUUCCUUUACAUCAGAUUGGCAAAGCUACAUUGGAAUUGCUGAAUGAAAUGUGAAAUUUUUUUCCUUCUCUUGAUUUACUAAUAUGUAAUAAAGACUGGGAAUUUAAUCCCAUAUGCUGAAAUUCUUGUGACAUUUAUAAAAUAAGCAAUCCUACAAAAAUAAAAAUGAAUGUACAAAAAUUAUAAAAUUCAAA